AUGUCGCCAGAACUGUGUUUCGCAGCCCUCGUGGGUGUCACAGGCAAGGCGUAUCGGGUCUCUUCCCACCACCUUCGUUUCCGUCGUUCUAGAGAAGAAUCCAAAAGUCCAAAAAGCAAACCACCUGGAGCCCCUCCUGUAAGUGAGUGCGCGACGGCCCAGCUGCGAGGCCUGGUGAGAAGGCUGCGGCUCAGGACUGCCCUGCGGGAGGCGCUGGCAGAGGGAGGCCUGUCCUCCCAGGCCAGCCCCGCAACUGCCCAGCCCCCAGCGGUGCGGUGCGCGCAGGACCAUCGCGGCCCCACGCCGCGGGAGCGAGCCCGGCUCCCCAGCAGCAUCGACUCCUGCACAGGAGCGGGCCUCAGUCACGCGGCAGCUCCUCCAGGCCCGCGCUCCCUGCUGUGGCUGCUGCUGGUGGCCGCCGCCUGCGGCUGGAACUGCGGGCUGCUCCCCGCGCGCCUGGCCUUCCCGUGGCAGAGCCCGCGCAGCGCGCGCUACUGGCUGGCGGCCGACGGCGUGUGCGACCUCAUCUACCUGUGCGACACGCUGCUGGUGCAGCCCCGGCGGCACGUCCUCCGCGGGGGAGACGUCAUAAUGGAUCCCCAUGAGCUAGCAAAGCACUACAGGAGUUCUACAAAAUUUCAGCUGGAUGUGGCGUCAGUGAUCCCAUUGGAUGUGUUCGGCCUCUUCUUUGGCUUUAAUCCAAUAUUCAGGAUAAACAGGAUAUUGAAGUACAGGUCAUUCUUUGAGUUUAAUCACCGCCUGGAAUCGAUUAUGAACAGAGCGUAUAUCUACAGGGUCUCUCGGACGGCGGGCGGCCUGCUGUUUGCUCUGCACGUGAAUGCCUGCAUCUACUACUGGGCUUCCGACCACCAAGGCUUCGGAACCACCAGAUGGGUGUACAAUGGUGAAGGAAACAUGUAUCUGAGAUGUUAUUACUGGGCAGUCCGAAGUUUGAUUACCAUUGGGGGUCUUCCAGAACCACAAACUUUAUUCGAAAUUGUGUUUCAGCUGCUGAACUUUUUCCUGGGAGUUUUCGUGGUCUCCAGCUUGAUUGGUCAGAUGCGCGAUGUCAUCGGAGCCGCCACGGCUGCGCAGAACAACUUCCGGGCCAGCCUGGAUCGCACCGUCACCUACAUGCACUCCUACGCCAUCCCCAGGCGAGUGCAGGCCCGCGUCCGGGCCUGGUAUGAGUACACGUGGGACGCGCAGAGGAUGCUGGACGAGUCGGACCUGCUCGAGGCCCUGCCCGCCGCCAUGCAGUCAGCCCUGGCCGUGGACAUGAACUUCAGCGUCCUCAGCAACAUCGACCUGUUCAAGGGCUGUGACACCCAGAUGCUUCAUGACCUGCUGCUCAGGUUGAGGGCCACCGUCUGCUUACCUGGUGACUUUGUCUGCAGAAAGGGAGAAAUCGGCAAGGAAAUGUACAUCGUGAAGCAGGGGGAAGUCCGGGUUCUUGGAGGCGCCCAUGAAGCUCAAGUUCUGGUCACUCUGAAAGCUGGGACAGUGUUCGGAGAAAUCAGAGACUUGGCCCCGGCAGCUCUGCAGUCCCGAGGCCUGGGUCGUGCUAGUCAGGUGGAGGCUGCACAGGUGUUGGAAGAAGGAAUGACUGAGUAUCUGACAGCACAGACACACUCGCAGCUCCAAACUCAGCUCCCCAUGGCCACCUGGCUCUGCCUGACCACUGCACCCCUGUCCAAGGUGACUGCGACAGGAAGCCGCCGGACCGCCAGCGUGGUAGCCCACGGCUUCGUGCACCUUCUCGCCCUGGACAGGAAGGCCCUUAGGGAAACCCUGGUGCAUUACCCGGACUCGGAAAAGCUCCUCAUGGAGAAAGCCAGGUGUGCCCCACGCCCCCCUAGAGGGCGCUACUCGGCCGCGACCUCUCCCACGCAAGGACUUGCCUUCCUCUUCCCACCAAGACCAGAGACACCCGAGCCCUGUGGACUCUCAGAGAGCAAACCACACAGGAAAACAGCGAGUCCUCCACAGGAGGAGAGGGAAGAGGACGAGGCUGUGAAGAUGCAGGAAGAGCUGCGGAGGGACCACCGGGCAGGUCCGGAUGCAGAGCAGGUGCUGUCCCCACAGAGGACAGGCUCCCAUUGCUCCUGCCAGGGCGAGGAGGAGGUGCUGACCAUGGCAGUCGGGAAAAGUGCUCUGAAUGAGCGUCGGAGAACCUUAGAUGCACCCUCGCUGGUUCCUAAAGACACUGUCCCCAGGAUUGUGGCUUCCACUCAUGAGAAGGGAGACCUCACCAGCCCCUGA